CAAAUGACGCACAUUUCAAUCGACCUCCACUGCGAAGUACACAGAAGAUGACCUACUUGCACAGUUUGUGUUUAACUCGUAGUCUUGCAUUUUAAAGUAUGACAUUCUUAUUCGUACAAGAUUUUUAACGUUAUGCGUUAGGCGUUUAUGUCGACCACGUUGUCAAGUUAGCCACUUACGCCCAUUGUCAGCAUGACAGUUCCAGCUUUGCAAAACACCAGUGUGAUUUACAGAAGGAUCUUGUCACAAUUUCCACAAGAUAUCAGUUUAGCUUUUGCUUAUGGCUCGGGUGUUUUUAAACAACAGGGAACCUCUCAAGGCCAAAUGGGGAAGAACAUGGUGGACUUUGUAUUCGCAGUAGACGAUCCUGUGACAUGGCACACCAUGAACCUCUUGCAGAACCGCAAACACUACUCCGUCCUCAAGUUGCUGGGCCCAAGAAAGAUCAGCUCCAUUCAAAGUGACCACGGGGCAGGAGUGUAUUAUAACACACUGGUGCCCGUAGAUGGAAGGGUUAUCAAAUAUGGCGUGAUCAGUACAGAGUCUCUAAUAGAGGAUCUGAUGCACUGGAAGACCCUGUACAUUGCUGGACGCUUGCAUAAACCAGUGAAGAUGCUGGCGCAGAGUGACAAUGGCAAGCUGCGUGCUGCUCUGGUGGGCAACCUGAAGAGUGCGGUGACGGCCUCCUUCCUCAUGCUGCCCGAGAGUUUCUCAGAAGAAGACCUCUUCCUGCAGAUAGCCGGCCUCUCCUAUGCUGGGGAUUUCAGAAUGGUGAUAGGAGAGGAUAAGUCAAAGGUGGCAAAUAUUGUCCAAGACAACAUGCAACACUUUCGGAUCCUGUACACCAACAUCCUUCAGGACUGCCCUCAAGUGGUCUAUAAGCCUCAACAGGGGAAAUUAGAGGUGGACAAGAGCCCUGAGGGCCAGUUUGUCCAGCUGAUGACGCUGCCGCGGACGCUCCAGCAGAGGAUCACCCGCUUAGUGGACCCACCCGGGAAGAACCGUGACGUGGAGGAGAUCCUGCUGCAGGUGGCCCAGGACCCAGACUGUGGAGCCGUGGUCCAACAAGCCAUCUCCUCUAUUGUGAAAUCCUCCAGCAUUACGCAGAGUGCCAAAGGCAUUGCCACAGCUGGCAUGUGGAAAUCGGUGUCGUACAGUGCCAAGAAGCUGAUGAAGAUGUGGAGGGGAUGGAGGAGGAAGCCCUCUGUCCCACAAGUGUCCUGAUCACCCCUCCCCCCGUCGGAUAGGUUGUCUGACCAGCAUGUGACUGUGUGCUCUUAGGCAGGACACCACACCUGCUUUAGUCUUUGUACCUACACCUUUGACCUUCACCUGAACUCAAGUUUGUUGUUCAGGACUCCUAUUGGAUUACAAAAGAUGCAGUUUCAACAGACCUCUUCUGCAAAAGGACUCACUGCCGAAGGAAGACAUACUCACAAAUCUGGAAGAUGUGUGAAUACUUAUUUAUGUUUUUAUUUCGUAAUUAUGAAUGAUGUUGCCGUAGUAAAAUGUGGACAACUGCAAAAUGAAAUUAAAAUUAUAAACAAUAUAAACAAU